AUGUACAUUAGUCUUUCCUCUCAGAAUAAGACAUGGUGGACUCAUACUUCUUUAGUCCAAUCUGAAACUCAUCAGAAGGUCUCCAAUGUUAUUAAUGGAGUGAACAGCUUCCAAAACAAAGCCUCAUUGAUCUCCACUUAUUUAAGUUUGGAAGCAGUCAACAGGAUUCCUGUGGCCAAGAAACUAGCCAUUUAUUUCAAGGCUGCUAUAGUUGGGGCUACAUUCUUUGGAUCAAGAAUUGCAGCAGGAUCCUUUUAUGAAAGAAGCACAUAAUCAGAAAUUGGCAAAUUAUUGGAUGGUGCACCAAUUUGGGAAAAUAAGUUUGACGUACCUGAGUUGGAUAAGAAAUUCUUCUUCAUUGACGACGAUAAUAAUUUUGAACCCUCUUUAUGGCAUCACGGAAUGUAUGAAAUUAUUAAUUGUAAAAAAAAGCAAUUCGAUCGAGAAGCCCAAGGUAUUCUACAAGCAUGA